CUUUGGGUACCGGAGGACCGGAUUCCGCGGACUGCACCGAGGCCUGGCUUGGUCUUGUGACCGGCCCCGCUCCGUUGACAGUCGAGUGUCGAGAGUCGAGAGCUGGAUCAGCGAGAGCGUGCGUGCGUGCUCGCUCGACAGAAAACGAGAGUUGGAUUGAGAGAGCAGGAGUUUUGCAGGUCUGAUCGAAAAUGAGCAGCGUUGGAGUGAUGGCUCCUUCGCCGCUGCCUCUGGCAAAUCCCACUCAACAGGCCUAUGUUUCAGAAUUGCUGUCAUUCACCCUGGACCGGCUCCACAAGGAGCCGGAUCUCUUACGGGUGGAUGCGGAGCGGAUAAGACGGCAGAUGCAGGAGGUUGCUGUUGGGCACUACAGAGGAUUCAUAAGUGCAGCUGACGCAGUUCAAUCUAUCAGUCAGGAAAUUGCUGCUGUUGACGAGCACUUGGAAAAUCUUAUUUUGGAAAUUCCAAAACUCACGAAAGGCUGUAAUGAUUUUAUGGAGGAAGCACAACAACUGCUUGAGAAUCACAAGUUGAAUCGAACGUUACUUGCCAACCAUAGCACCCUCCUGGAUCUUCUGGAAAUUCCUCAACUCAUGGACACGUGUGUGCGAAAUGGCAACUACGACGAAGCUCUGGACCUUGAAGCUUUUGUGACCAAGCUGUCAACGAUGCACGCGAGAUUACCUGUCAUCCAAUACCUUGCUGAAGAAGUAAAACAAACAACUCAGUCUUUACUCGCUCAAAUUCUACAAAGAUUACGGUCAAGUAUACAGUUACCUGAAUGUUUGCGAGUCAUUGGAUACUUGCGCCGUCUUGCCGUAUUUAGCGAACAUGAGAUGCGUCUACAGUUUCUGAGAUGCAGAGAGGCAUGGCUUGCGGGCAUCAUCGAUGACUUGGACCGAUCCAAUCCGUAUGAGUACCUGAAGCGGAUGGCUGAUUGUCAUAAGGUUCAUCUCUUUGAUGUAGUCACCCAGUAUCGAGCCAUUUUUGCAGAUGACACUUCUGGUCACGAAGAAAACAGUGAUGGGGGCCUCCUGUACAGCUGGGCCAUGCAUAGAAUCACCACACACCUAACAGUUCUUCAGGAAGUACUUCCGAAGAUAACUGAGGGUGUAUCUUUGGCAAUUAUACUUGAACAGUCCAUGUAUUGUGGAAUGAGUCUGGGUCGUGUUGGACUUGAUUUCAGAGGUCUACUGCCACCACUUUUUGAAAAUUCCGUGCACGAUUUGUUUGUGCGCAACAUGUCCAUUACUGUGGAGAACUUCCAGCAUGUGCUGGAUACCCAUCGGUGGGUUCCUCUUCCACCAGUAGGAGCAGGUGUGCGAGGUGAUGCCAGUUCAGAUGAUAUAUCUCCACCGUAUUCACUGAUGGAUCACCCUCCGUUGGCCUCGUUUGUAAAUGGUGUGUUAGCUGCUUUGAAUGAACUAAGGCACUGCGCCCCAAUAAACUUGAAGACUACUCUUGCUAUGGAAGUACAGCGAGCGUUGCAAAGUGUCGCUGAUUCAUUUCUACGAUACAACGCAACGCGCAUGAUGAGGGAGAGCGAGUCAAACCUAUUUUUGGCGAUGUGUAGAGCGUUUAUUGAGGUGGCAUGUCCGUACUGUGUCCUCUGUUUCGGGCGAUGCUACACCGGGGGAGCAAGUUUAAUUCAAUUGAAGGACGUUCUAGAGGGUCUGCGGAGACUUGUUGUCACUACCUCGUACCAACUCCCGAAGGAUAAUGGAGCUGCGAAAGCUGUCGACGCAGUGCAAGGUACUACUAGUGCAGUCACAGACAACACCAGAGAGAGUACUGCUGGAAGCAACGUAGUUACAGCUGCUCCAGAAACUUUUGCAUCAGAGAAUGGGAAUAGUAACCGGAUGAACGAAGUGGAUGCACCCAGCCAACAAAGUUCAGCUGAAGGAAACAACCCUUCUAGAUCCCCCGCCCCACUUACAGAAAAUCUCGCGGAUAGCUAAGUAUACAGAAGGAUUUGCGGGGAAUUCGUUUCCAAACACAUUUGAGCUUUUUUGUACAUCCACAUUCUUUUAUUCAACAAUUGCCAUUCUUUGGAACACUUGAAGCAGUCUCG